AUGCCUGAACCAGCUUCUCAAUUUCAACAACUUGAAAAAUUAGGUGAAGGAACCUAUGCUACCGUCUACAAAGGAAGGAAUCGUGCAACAGGCACUUUGGUGGCAUUGAAAGAGAUUAAUUUGGACUCCGAGGAAGGAACGCCCUCUACAGCUAUUAGAGAGAUCUCUUUGAUGAAGGAGUUGGACUGUGAAAAUAUUGUCACUCUCUACGACGUGAUUCACACAGAGAAUAAGCUAACCUUGGUAUUUGAGUUUAUGGAUAAGGAUCUUAAAAAAUACAUGGAGACGCAAGGCAAUCAGGGUGCAUUGGAUAUGAAAAUCGUGAAAUCGUUUAUGUUUCAGUUGCUAAAAGGAAUUAUGUUUUGCCAUGACAAUAGAGUACUCCAUCGCGAUUUGAAGCCUCAGAACUUAUUGAUAAAUAGCAAGGGACAAUUAAAGUUGGGAGAUUUUGGUUUAGCUAGAGCUUUUGGAAUUCCUUUCAAUACUUUCUCUAAUGAAGUGGUGACUUUAUGGUACCGAGCACCCGAUGUUUUACUAGGUUCGAGAGCAUACACCACAUCUAUCGACAUCUGGUCUGCUGGCUGUAUAUUCGCAGAAAUGUGCACUGGUAAACCACUUUUUCCAGGAUCGGCUAAUGAUGACCAGCUAAUCAAGAUCUUUAAGUUGAUGGGAACUCCAAAUGAAAGAACUUGGCCAGGAAUUUCACAAUAUGCUAAUUACAAAAAUAAUUGGGAAGUUUAUGUACCACAAGAUUUGAGGAUUUUAAUCCCAAACCUAGAUCCAUUGGGUUUGAACCUACUUCAAAGUUUGUUGCAAAUGAGACCGGAUGCAAGAAUAACUGCUAGACAAGCCUUGCAGCACCCUUGGUUCCACGAAAUCACAAAUCCAAAUCCAAAUCCCUUGAUGCAUCAUUUGUCAGACCCUUAUCAGCAACAAGCACAGCAGCACCAACAACUGCUGCAGCAAUAUUAA